ACCAAUCUUGUACUGUAGGUUUGGAACAGAAUGUCCAAUUCGUAUACCAAUUUACUUGAUGUACUUUUAUCUUCGACGUUCCAUUCUACGACAAAUUGGACAAUAUUGCAUUUUUUUCUCACUGAAGUGUGGUUUCUCACCGAAGUGUGGAUGGAAAGGACAGUGAUGGUUUAGGUAUAGCAAACUGUCGAGUUUCAGUAUUGACUCUAUGUUGCACAGCUUUUCUUAAAGGAAUUUUUUUAAAGCGUUUCUCGUCAUGAAUUUCGACGUGUUUCGCUUGGAACUGAGGUUUUUUAUUUUCAACCUCGCUCUCGUGGUCACCCUGGUGUCUUGCUCGUCCAACAGCACAUCGUACCAAUCUGCACUUUUCGAAACCGGCUCUGGACACGACGUUGAGCACCGUCCAAUCUCGUCUGCUCGUUUCGCUUCGCGUACACGAUGUGCCGCCCACUGCCUUACGGAGAAGCAUUGUCGAUUCUACAGUUACGACAAAGGUACCUUGGAGUGCGUAUUGAGGGAUGCUUCUGUCGUGUCACCAACGCAGCCGAGCGUGGGUUAUCUCACCAGACGUGUGUGCACCAGUACCUACAAAACCCAGGGUCAAUUCAAGUACCUUUACCCGCUACCCCCCUUCAGUGGCCAGGCGGUGUUGGAUUUUUCCGUGCAGACUAUUGCGGAUGCUAUAGUCAGCCUGUCUACAAACGGGACCUUCAAAGGCGUGAAAUAUGAACUGGUAAUUGGUGCAAAUGGAAACACAAACACAUAUCUGCGCCUUGGCUGGAAAUACACCCCCUUCGUAAAUAGGAGAACGGUGGGCGUGGUCAGCGAGCACGAGAUGCGACGCUUCUGGCUGCGGUACGAUCACGGCACCUUCGCCCUAGGCAAACACGAGAGGGCGGCCUACCUGGAGUGGACCGACCCAACGCCCCCGGCGAAUCCCCCCAGAUUCAUCGGCUUCGGAAGCUGGGUUAGGCAUGCGGACUGGGUGGUCCAUGGCAACUGUCCUGCAUAAGAAACAUCUCAAACGUUGACAGGGCGCCCUCAUGUGUUAAACGCUGGCACAUAAGGGGCAAUGGAAGACUUUUGAGACGCAUGAUGGUAGCAAACACACCGGUCCCUGUCAAUCGUUUGCGUCAUAUUGAACAUGCGCACAUUAGCUUAAACAUGAUGCAAACAAUUGAAAAGGACCGGUGUGUUUGAUGCCACCAGUUGUCUUAAAAGUCUACCAUUAUUGGUUUAAACUCUUCACUUGCAUGUUAUACACUCUAAGAAA